GACCUGGUUUGGACCGGGUCCCGUGUGGAGGUCCAUGUCCCGUACGUCACUGCCAGUACCACCCGUCUCACCGGCGACACGUCGCAUGGAACCAAUUGGAGCUCCUUCUCUUGUCUCCGGAAUUUUAUACUUGAACAAUUCGUAACUCCGUCCUUUUUUCAUUCAUCCUUCUGCUGACACACUUCAUCGACAUAAACUGAACUGAGUCUAUUGUGUUAAAUUAAGUUUUUGUUUUCAGGUUAAACUUGGAGCAAACGUUUUGAAAGUAGACAACUCUUUUCCUGUAAACGGUCAUUUAGAGGCCGGUGGAUCAUCUUUUUAAAAAUACAACUACCUGAUAAUUACUUGAGACACAGAGCUUCUGUGGAGAGAUGUGGCGCAGAUUGUCACUGCUGCUUUUAUGCUGUGCUGUAAGAGGACUUGAUGCUCUGGAGGCGGACAGGAGCGACGACCCCUCGCGGGAGACGAUGCUGAUGACCGAAGCGGCGGAUAUGGGCAAACCGGACAAGGAUGCUCCCUCCACGGCUAAAGAACAGGACAGAGACGCUCCUGUUGUGGGUGCGGAGGGGAGAGUUCAGCAGCCCACCGCCGAGCCUCUGGAAGAAGAGCUGGAUAACCAAGAGAAUAUCAUUAGCCAGCUGCUGGGCGAUUACGACAAAGUGAAGACCGUGUCGUCAGGGUCCGACUGCGUGUGCCGCUGUAUCGUCCGACCAAUCAAACGCUCCGACUGCAGCCGCCUCCACGACAGCGACCUGCCGUCGCCUUCCCAGGAUUAUUUCACCGUGGAGACGGUCACCAAGGGAACGGACUGCAAGAAGUGUGUGUGCAUGGCUCCGCCUUCCGCCGUCAACCCCUGUGAGGGAGAGUACAGGUUUAAAAAGCUGCAAGAGGCCAGCAAAGAUGACAUCAAGCUGGCGACUAUCAUUGACUUGUUGGAGGGCUCUCUGUACGGAAUGGACUUGUUGAAGCUCCACUCUGUCACCACCAAGCUGCUGACCAGGGUGGACAACAUGGAGAAGGCUGUCGCCCGUAAUGCUAGUGAGAGAACAAGAGAGAAAGAACUUGUGAAGGAAAGAGCAAAAGAAAAGGAGAAAGAGAGGAAGGUCCAGCAGAAAAAAAAGAGAGUGAAUGAUUUGGAGCGCGCAGGACAGAAAAGUGGAGCAGCUGCCUACGGCAACAAGCAGAAGAAUUCUGAUGGUCAGCUGAAGAAGAACCAACAGCAAGAUGGACUGGAACAACAACAGCCGACCAGGAAUAAGACGGGAUCUCAAAAGCCAAUCAAAGACAAGACGGAGCCAAAGCAGCCUAUCACAGACAAGAACGGCGUGGUCAUCAGGGGCGUGACCUUUUACAAGGCGGAGGGAGGGAGCUACAAAGAGAAGGACGACAAAGGGAAAGGAAAAAAUUCAACUCUAACUGCAAUUGCUUCAGUGGAUUUACUGAUUCGUGAGUCUCUCCCACCUACCAAGACUUUCCCCAUCAAGAGUCCAGGACCUUCAACCACAGUUAGCACACAGCUAGACUUUGAGGACCGAUCAAGGAGACUGAGCAGGCCUGCACCCACCCAGCAACCAACUGCUCCCCCGACUACCACCCAACGAACCACAACUACAACCAAACCAGUUCCCACCACCAUCAAACCAAAGAAUAAAUCAACCACCAGCUUACCACCAACAACUUCAAAACCAACGACGAGCAAACUGACGACUACCACCCAACAACCUACAACCAAACCAGUUCCCACCACUAUCAAACUAACGACUGAAUUAACCACUAACAUACCGCAAACAGCUCCAAAACAAACGACAACCAAACCGACAACUACAUCCCAACAAACUUCAACCACUAUUCUGUCUACCCCUCGCUUCAAUCAGCAUACCACCUCACUCUCAGAUACCAAUGCAGGUCCACCCAUCGAUAAGUCCCCCAUGGCAGACUCUCAGCCGGGAUCCAGGAGUCGACUCAGCUGGACGGAGAGCCCCUCUGACCAACCAAAGACCACAAAAAAACCUGCAGUGUGUAAGGACACAGUAGCCAGCAUCUCUGAACCGGUUCAACUGAACUCUUACGGCUUUCGUGACGGAGCCUGGAUGAGAGAUGGGCGCGGCCACGGCAACGUCAUCUACCUUACUAAUGGUCACUAUGGCAACAACCUCUUCGAGUUCCGAGACAUGGACACCUUCAAGUCAGGUCAGGCGAGUAAUUCAUACAAGCUGCCCUACAGUUUCACUGGAACCGGCCACGUCGUGUUUAAUGGAGCUUUCUACUACAACCGUGCCUUCAGCAGGGACGUCAUCAGAUAUGACCUGAGACACAGAUAUGUAGCUGCCUGGACCACACUGCAUGAUGCUAUACUGGAGGAGCAAGCUCACAGGACACAAACUGAAUUGGAGUUUGCUGUUGAUGAGUCUGGCCUGUGGCUGCUCUACCCCGCUCUGGACACAGAGGGUUUCCACCAGGAAGUGACUCUGCUCAUCCACCUCCGCCACCGAGACCUGCAGCCGAUACAGAGCUUCCGCACAGGUCUUCGGCGCGGUCGCUACGGAAACAGCUUCCUGGUUUGCGGCGUCCUCUACGCAGUGAACAGCAUGGAGCACCGCUACGCCAACGUGACCUACGCCUUCGACACACACACGCUCACGCACAGCAUGCCGGGCCUGGCGUUCACGAACAUGCAUGCGCACACCUCCCAGCUGGCUUACUGCCCACUCGACAAGAAACUGUACGCAUGGGACGAUGGACAUCAGAUGACGUACGAUGUCGUCUUUGCUUAUUAGCACAACGAAUGGACACAUACAGUAGUUGGAAGAGUCAACAGCUAUUGAGCAUAUCCAGCAAACAAAGCUGAGGACAGAAGGAAUAGGGUAAUAAGAGCGAAAAUGUUUUUUUAAAUGACUGUGGAUCAGUCUAACUGAAUGUGUUUGUAUAUCGAACUGCUGCUUUUUCAUACAGACCAAAGUCAGUAUCGAGCAGCACUAAACAAACAGAAAUAUAUUUUGUAAAAGACGAAACCCCACGGGUCAUAUGAAUGUUUGUAAAUAAAUGUAUUCACAUAUUUCUCUUUUUCCGCAAAUGGAAAGUUUGCUGUGGUUUAAAAACGAUGCAUACCUGACCCUCUGCAUAUUCAGACUGCCAUGAAGAAAUCACUGGAAUGAGCAUGCACAAGGUCACAGCUGUCCACUCCCGUAUGAAACAGUAUGGUUCUGAAAACAUUCAAUAAUCCCAUUCUUUAAAAGCACGCGCUCCGAGCAUUCGAGUGUGUGGACAAAUCCACACUGUCUCACAUCGAGUUUAUUUUUCAUGAAUGGUGAUCACUGUGGAGGAGCAGUAUGUACGUGUAUGUGUACACACUUAAUUUAACAUAUUACAAGACCGGCAAUGCUCAUCGAAGCUUUCUGCCUCUAAAGUGGAAUUGAUCCAGUACGUACGAAAUAUGUGGUUUUUAACUGUUAUUGAAGGGGAACUUUGCAGUGUUUAUGGGGAAGAAUUAUUAAACUUGUCUGGGAGAAUGAGGUUUAUGAUGACUACAAUGUAAGGGCAUGUGUUGACAUUUUGUUUACCUUGAGUUGAAAAUUUAAAAUAAUUAUAACUUUAGAACUAGCUUGUUUAUAACGUCGAUGCUCAAAUGUGAACUCAAUGUGAAGUUAGAAAGACUUGGACAUUGACCCGGCAGGAUGAAAAGAUGCUAUUGGUUGCAUUGUGGGAUAUGUAGGAUCUAGUUUAGGGCUAGAAGUCAAGAUAUCUUGCAUCGCUGCAUACAUUUUUACCUUUUAUUUUUCAGUUUGUGUCUUGUAAAUCACCUAACUUUAUGGAAGUGCAGCAGGUAAGUGUAGAGUUCCCCUUUAAGGCAACACAAUCUCACUUCCAGCUCUACACUUCAAACAAUAAGGCUCUAAGUUCCCCUCGCGUCAGUUUUUUGACACGUCAUAUUUCAAAAUUAACUUCCAACGUAGACUUACUUAGUUUUCAGUUCAUAACAAAACUGCUUGGUUAGGUGUUGGAAAAGAUUGUGGUUUGGGUUCAAAUAAGUGCGUUGUAAUGUUCCUGACAUUAGCAAAGUACACAGGUCAAAAUAAGUAAACUUUGUUUCACACAGGACACUGACAGCGGUCUCCUGGGUGAAAGUCCUGUGGUUGUUCGAUCCAUCCACUCUAUACUACAUCAGUGGCUCUGCCCUUCUAAUAAUGAGGCGAAUGGGUUUAAGCUGACGUUAAUUGAAAGCCCUGUGGGUCUCAUAUAGAUGCAAAAGAGUGCCUCGAUGCCUUGGUAUCAAGAUGCAGAAGGGCACUGACCAAGCGUAUUUAACGAGUUGGGAGUGGGUUGUUUCAGACGGCCAUGAAAGAACCAUGAACUCAGCAGCCUAUCUUUGUGUAUGGUACAGGAAUGGAAGCUCUAACUCUGGUACAGUAAUUGCUUCAUCUACCAUUGACGUCCAUUUAUUUAAAACCA